AUGAAUUUACGGGUGAAAACCUUUCCCAGAGUGUUAUCGAUGCUGCUUAAACUCAUUACUGCCUAUGAAGUCAAAAAUAACCUUAUCCAGCAGAUACACGUCCUGCCACCCAGAGGGCUGCAGGAACAGCGUUUGGAGAUGCUCUCGGGCAGCAUCGUGGCCACCCUGGAGGUGCUCAUCACCUGCUCAGGCAGCAGGAAGAGGAGAUUUUUCAGCACUGAUGUGGCGGCUGAUGGCAUGCUGCUGAUGGAGUUCUUCCCGAACCUCACCAAGAUUGUUGUGAACAAGUUCACCUUGACCAUUUUCUACUACAACUACAAGCAGCAGCACAUCGACAUGCAGCUGUUCACUGAUGACCCCUCCACUCCAGGACUGAUGCUCAGCUCCAGCAUGGGUACCUGUACAUGGACGACCAGUCGCAGCGGCGGCCCCUGCAGCGCGUGUAGCUGUUGCAAGCCCUCGGCCUGGCAUGCGGAGAAAGGUGGCCAUGUCAUCUCCCAUCUCCUCGACAGCGGCAGCAGCGGUGGCAAUGCAGCAUGCCAUCCACUGAGCACGCCGCUGCUGUGGGGUGGGGUGGCAAGCCGCUGUGGAGGCCACGGUUGCAAGACAGGCGGUGGGUGGGCGCGGAUCCAGUCGGAGAACCGGGACGGCAGCCGUACUAUUCUUGCGCUGUUCAGUACCCCCAUAAGGCCCGGAUGGACACGGCUGGUGGGGCAGCAGAUCAUGGUCUCCUCCCCCGACAACGAGGGGGGCGGGAGGAGUGUGGUGGGCUUCGUGGGGUCCAAGAUGCUGCCCGUCUGGCUCGCCCACCUGCUGGGGCCUCUCUUCCUGCACCAGGACCUUUUGUUCCUGCACUACCAGGAGAGAGCCGUGAUGCGGCAGCAGCUGGAGAGGAAGCUCAAGCAACAGCAGCGGCAGCAGCGGGAGGGGGAAGAGGCGGCCGCGGCCAGUGAUGUGGAAGGCACGGACCUGUCCCUGCCGCCGCCCCAAUACUUCACACCAGGAACUGCAGACAAGGCUGUUGCGGCCUGGUGCACCUGGCUGACCAAGUUCGCUGGUGGGGACGUGACGUAUGCACCCGCCGGUAACGGUGUUCUCUCCGUGGUGCUUCACGCGGCUGGCUGGCUGGUGGGCUCGUGGGAGGGGCUGGGGCUGCUGGUGGUGGCGGCUGUGGCGGCGGGGGUGGUGCUGGUGACGACCAAGCUCGAGCAGAUGAUGCACAAGUACGAGUUUUCACAUGCGGACAAUCACUGA